AUGGCAGAACAGCAUGAGGUGGAUUUAGACUCUGUCAUUGAUCGAUUGCUCGAAGUCAGAGGAAGUAGACCUGGAAAGCAAGUGCAAUUGCUAGAAACAGAGAUUCGAUACUUGUGCACAAAGGCACGGGAAAUCUUCAUUUCUCAGCCCAUACUGCUCGAGCUGGAAGCUCCAAUCAAGAUUUGUGGCGAUAUUCACGGCCAAUACUACGAUCUUCUUCGCUUGUUCGAAUACGGCGGUUUUCCUCCGGAAGCGAACUACCUCUUCCUCGGAGACUACGUGGAUCGUGGCAAGCAAUCGCUCGAGACCAUCUGCCUGCUCCUUGCGUACAAGAUCAAAUACCCAGAAAAUUUCUUCGUCCUGCGAGGAAACCACGAAUGUGCAAGCAUUAACCGUAUUUACGGCUUCUACGAUGAGUGCAAGCGCCGGUACAACAUCAAGUUGUGGAAGACUUUUACGGACUGCUUCAACUGCUUGCCAAUCGCCGCCAUCAUCGACGAAAAGAUCUUUACCAUGCACGGAGGAUUGAGUCCUGAUCUCAACUCGAUGGAACAAAUACGUCGCGUCAUGCGUCCCACGGAUAUUCCCGACUGCGGUCUUCUCUGCGACCUGCUCUGGUCCGAUCCGGACAAGGACAUCACGGGGUGGAGCGAAAACGAUCGCGGUGUCUCCUUCACAUUCGGCCCGGAUGUCGUCUCGAGGUUUUUGCAGAAGCACGACAUGGAUUUGAUCUGCCGUGCUCACCAGGUAGUCGAGGAUGGUUACGAGUUCUUCUCCAAACGACAGCUUGUCACGUUGUUCAGUGCACCAAAUUAUUGUGGCGAGUUUGAUAACGCUGGAGCCAUGAUGAGUGUCGAUGAAAGCCUCUUGUGCUCGUUCCAGAUCCUCAAACCUGCCGAAAAGAAACAAAAGUAUGUCUAUGCCUCCAAGAGCUCAAGCAGGCCUACCACUCCGCCUCGCAAGUCCAAAAACUAG